ACAUCGAUUCCACUUGCCAAAGGAUUGAAAUUGAUGGUUGUAAGAUCGAAAAAAUCCGUCUCCUGUAUGUCAUGCCAUAAGCGUUCUGAAAAGGUGCACGCAAGAUCAACGGACGAAAGAAUGUUUACAAGAUUCUGAUACUAGGAUUCCUCUUGCUUCAACGAUCGCAAAAUUUAAAGAUCGCCUUAAAAUACGCCAGUAAUAAUGGCAGAAGACAUAUCAUCACCGGCUACAAAAUCUAAAACCCCCUUCCAUCUUUUUUCCAACCCACACGAAAACCUCACAGGGAAACGAGUUUCAAGUAGAUUCUGUCUGCUCCUUCUCAAAAAAACACACACACAAGAUGCCGAAGAUCAACGUGUCUUACCCUCAGAUGUCUUUGCAAAAGACGUUUGAGAUCGAGGACGAGCACAAGAUGAUGCCAUUCUGGGAGAAGCGCAUGGGUGCUGAAAUCGCGGCCGACUCCCUCGGUGACCAGUUCAAGGGCUACGUUGUCAAGAUCACGGGAGGGAAUGACAAGCAGGGUUUCCCGAUGAAGCAGGGAAUCUUGAAGAACGGACGCGUUCGUCUCUUGUUCAAGGACGGUAUGUCCUGCUACCGCGUCCGCCGUGGUGGUAUGCGCAAGCGCAAGUCCGUCCGUGGCUGCAUCGUCGGACACGACUUGGCCAUCUUGAACUUGGUAUUGAAUUUGAUGUUGCACAAGCUUGUGAUACUUUUUUAAUUUAGAUUUCCUGUUAUCGAUGCAAUGCUGAUGCAAUCACAUGCUGCGCAAGUUUUUGGUGUUUUCCAAAAUCCUAUAACAUCAAUCUUCAAAAACAGGUCAUCGUCAAGAAGGGUGCUGAGGAAAUCGAGGGUCUGACUGACGCCACCCCGGCCAAGCGUUUGGGACCCAAGCGUGCCACCAAGAUCCGCAAGAUGUACUUUUUUUUUCCGGGAUUUAGAAGUGCCAGUCUUCGCGUUAUUUCGCAUUCUUUCAGAAUUCAGAAUAUCUAUGCCUGAUUUUGAUGUAUGUUGUGUGUCCUCCCCUAGCGCUGACAGUCGUGAUUUUGUAGAGCUGAAGAACUCCUCAUCAAUCUAAAUUCUUUACACAAUCCACAGGUUCGGCUUGGAAAAGGAGGAUGAUGUCAAGAAGUUCGUCGUCCGCCGUGCCGUUAAGGAGGAUGGCAAGCGCACCAAGGCCCCGAAGAUCCAGCGCCUGGUCACCCCGCAGCGCCUCCAGCGCAAGCGCCGCGUCCGCAAGGCCAUUGUCAAGAAGGUAUAGUGGAAUUUUUGUAUUUAGUUUCACGUUUACUUCCCUUCGUGAGCUUGAUGGAGACGAGCCCGUCGAUAUUACGAUGAUCGCUCGUCCCUCAGUAGUUUUUCUAGCUGAGAGCUGAGCCUGUAAAGGAUGGAGAGUUGUAGAGAUUCGAAUGAUGUGCGAACAAGUGAUGUGUAUGUAGUUGUCGUUUUUCCGAGAGUAAUAUCAUGAGAGUUUCUGUGCUUCGCAUUUGUGAUUCGCAUGGUAAAUGUCAAUCUUAUGACAAAAAUCUAGGUCGUUGAGAACCGUGAGCAGAAGGCGGCUUACCACCAGCGCGUCCACGACUUCCGCGUUGCCGCGAAGGAGAAGCGCUCCGCUAUGUUGGCCAAGAAGAAGAAGGGAAAGGUCGCCAAGAAGGCGUAAGUAUGCUGCUGUCGACAUACGCAAAAUAUGAGCAUAUUGUAGCUUCCUUUUGACUCGGUCGUUCUCAUGUUCGGAAGUCAAGAGCAUGAAUAUGAACAAGGACGACCCAUUCGAUGAGCAUCUGGACGAACUUACACGUUGUGUUUGUUGAGAAGAGCGAAGCAGAAUCAAAAGACACGCACGAAGCGCCACAGGAGGCAAAGCUGUGCCUUUCUCCUCGUCCUCGCAUGUUGGAGACAAGUACUCGUCAAACAAGUACUCUGUUGAGUGUUC